AUGAUUUUAAUGAACAUGCUUGGAACAGACCUGAAUAUUUGGAAUUUCAGGAGUAAUCUUUCCUACCAAAUCGACAAAUACUUGAAGAAUUUGAAAGAGGAGAAUGAAUUUAAACGCUUUUAUAACCGCCUAUGGGAUACUGAUUAUCCACAUACACUGGGCAAACAGUUGGAUCUAGCAAAGCUUCAACCAAUUGUUCCUAUGGGCAAAAUAGGUCGUGAUAUCUGA